AAAAAAUGUUUGGUUCUUUUCGCGUAACAGCAACAUUUAUUCAUAGAGAGGGAGAGCUGUUUAAACUGUCAAUGAACGUUUAAAAUUGCAAAGCGCCGGUCGGUUCUGUCUCUUCAUUAUUAUGGAACGGAGUAUACUAAUCUGUGAGGUAUGCGGUCGCAUAAUGAAGCCGCCGACUGCCAUGCUACCUUGCAAGCAUACGUACUGCAAGACUUGCAUCGAUGAAGUUACUAAUAAACGUGGUGGCGUGAAGUGUUGGGACUGCGGUGAGCAAUAUCGGAGCAAGAGGCACUUUCGAAGAAACUUAUUUCUCGAACAACUUCUCACUUUGAAAGCAAUUGAAGAGGAAAUUAUACUUAUGCAAGCUGAUGUGGAACGAUUCCCCAAGUUUUUAGAAAAUGCCAAGAUGCCUAGGAUGGUAACGGCUAUACAUUACUCAUCUUCCAGCGGUUUAUUAUACAUUGCUUUCCAUGAUAACGUGUUCUUCAUUAGCGUUGUCCGCUGCCACUUUGUUGAUGAAAAUGUUCUCAGGCUCAAUAACCAGGAAUUGCUCCCAGCGGCAGCAAUACGAACGCAUGUGUCCCAAAAUAUUUGUGAUAUGACCGGCUAUGAAAAUAGGAUUUUUUUCUCCGAUGACAACCGACCUAAGAUAACCCAAUACAAAUUCAAAGAAUCCUUUGCGACGGCUACCAAAGUGAGCAAGUUCAACCUCAUCUUGGGUCCUGGUUCUAAACAUGGUGAUUAUUUCGUUAGUUCAGUCUUCAUCGGCUUCUCUGGUACAAGACUGUCAUUAACUAAUGACUUCCUUAACGAAACAUGUUUGUUAGUAACUACAAAUACACCAACACUGUUGAUUGUUGGUACUAAAAAUAGGUUGGUCUUAUUGAAAAAAAUAUUGUUACCUGAUGGAUCUCCCAAGCACGCUCUAUUCCUAAAUUCAAAAACGUUAGCAGUCGCCGGGCGAACACAAAACUCUUAUUUGACUUUCUUUAACUUUAAUUUUGAUUCUGCCCGUCGAAACAUUACCCUUCAGAAAAAGCAAUUUGUUUUCAGAAAGGAACUCUAUCGAUUUUAUUCUUGUUUGUGGGAACCUUGUUAUUUGGCGCACAAUAGAUUGAAUAAAACUUUGUUCAUCACAAACAAAGGUUCUGAGACAGUUAAAUUAUUCGGCGUGAAUUUGGACUCCGAUGAUGUGGUCGUCAUUGAGGACUGUCAAAAACUCUCCAACUUAGUGAAGAGAUAUGAUGCAGUGGAAUACCGGAGCCCACUGCUCGAUCAAUAUAUGCCAUUUGAACCUACAAAGAUUACAUACGCAGAAAACGUCAAAUACUUAUUUGAAAUUAAUAAAGUCCAGAGCAGAAUAUUUUGGUACAAUAUUUAACGGGAAUAUUUAUUUAUUCAAAAGGUUUUCGAAAUUUUUUUACACAUACAAAUAUGCACACAUGACAAUUGUUUCACAGUUUUAUAUUAUUUGUUUAGUCACUGGAAAAAUAUUUUAAAUCAUAAA